AUGGCGGGCGGCACACCCUUCUUGCCUCGUUCCCCCAAACAGUACCCAAAAGUGCAAUUCUACGCAUUUCAAGGACAGAUCAGCUCACGACUCGUACCGAGCACUGUACCGUUCACCAUCACUUGUUCGCAGCAUUUUGAUAAUGACGGGUCUAAUCACUCAUGUGCCAACAUCGAUCGUCAUGAUAAUGCACCUAAGAAAUCGAUAAGUGAAUUUUAUAGUGGAAAAUCAGUAUUAGUUACUGGAGGAACGGGCUUUCUAGGAAAGGUGCUGGUUGAGAAGUUAUUAUACGAUACUGACGUGGAAAAAUUAUAUUUGAUGAUUCGAGAAAAAGAUGGCGAAACUAUCGAUCGAAGAAUGGCUGCUCUGCUGAACAAUUCUAUUUUUGAAAGGUUAAAAGUCUUGAAGCCGUCCGCAGUAAACAAAAUAGUGCCUAUAUACGGCGACGUCACACAAACCGACUUGGCCAUGAAAACACAAGACAUUAAAACGUUAACCUCAGAGGUUUCGGUGGUACUUCACGUGGCCGCCAGUGUAAUGUUCAAAGAACCUAUGUCUGUUACCUUGAAUUACAACUAUGAGGGGACGAAGAGGGUACUUAAGUUAUUACGGCAAAUGCAAAAGAUUGAAUCCUUCGUACAUGUUUCCUCUGUAUAUGCACAAGCGCUUGAUGGAGGGAAGAUAGUUAAGGAGACCUUGUACCCGCCGCCGGCUAAUCACAAAGAACUAGAGACCUUCAUAUCGAAGUACGACAACGACAAAGAGGAAACAAAGAAAUUUUUUCAGCAACGUUGUAAUACAUACGCUUAUGGUAAAGCGUUGACGGAGAACUUUGUGGCUGAAAACCAUGGCACAAUACCGACAUGCAUAGUUAGACCAUCUAUGAUUACUUCGAAAGCCGACGAGCCUUUACCUGGGUGGUUAGACAACUGGUACGGACCGGCGCGUCUCUUAUACAACGUAUCUCGUGGAUGGGAUCGUUCGUGCUUCAUUCGAAGAGAAUUCUUAGUUGACAUGAUACCAGUGGACUAUGUCGCGAACCUCUGUAUCGUUGCGGGAGCGAGAAACGACAGUUGUGUCGAUGUCGCGGUAUUCAACAGUUGUACCACAGGAGCGAAUCCAAUAACCUGGGAAGAUGCACAUAAGCGCAUGAUAGAAGUUACAGUUAAGAAUAAAUUGAAUGAUUGGCCAUAUCCAUUUGUGUUAUACACACAGUCAAAGCUACUAUUCUCACUUUAUACGAUGUUUCUGCAGUUAAUUCCUGCAAAAAUAGCGGACGGUUGGCUGUGGGUUACUGGAAGAAGUCCAAAUGCCAACAUCGAUCGUCAUGAUAAUGCACCUAAGAAAUCAAUUAGUGAAUUUUAUAGUGGGAAGUCAGUGCUAGUUACUGGAGGUACGGGCUUUCUGGGAAAGGUGCUGGUUGAGAAGUUAUUAUACGAUACUGACGUGGAAAAAUUAUAUUUGAUGAUUCGAGAAAAGGAUGGCGAAACUAUCGAUCGAAGAAUGGCUGCUCUGCUGAACAAUUCUAUUUUUGGAAAGUUAAAAGCCUUGAAGCCGUCCGCAGUAAGCAAAAUAGUGCCUAUAUAUGGCGACGUCACGCAAACCGACUUGGCCAUGAAAACACAAGACAUUAAAACGUUAACCUCAGAGGUUUCGGUGGUUUUUCAUAUGGCUGCAAGUAUACAGUUCAAAGAACCUAUGUCUGUUACCCUGAAUUACAACUAUGAGGGGACGAAGAGAGUACUUAAGUUAUUACGGCAAAUGCAAAAGAUUGAAUCCUUCGUUCACGUUUCGUCUGUAUAUGCACAAGCGCUUGAUGGAGGGAAGAUAGUUAAGGAGACCUUGUACCCGCCGCCGGCUAAUCACAACGAACUAGAGACCUUCAUAUCGAAGUACGACAACGACGAAGAGGAAACAAAGAAAUUUUUGCAACGACGUUGUAAUACAUACGCUUAUGGUAAAGCGUUGACAGAGGUCUUUGUGGCUGAAAACCAUGGCACGAUACCGACAUGCAUAGUUAGACCAUCUAUGAUUACUUCGAAAGCAGAGCAGCCUUUACCUGGUUGGUUAGACAACUGGUAUGGACCGACGCGCUUCUUAUACAAUGCAUCUCGUGGAUGGGAUCGUUCGUGCUUCAUUCGAAGAGAAUUCUUAGUUGACAUGAUACCAGUGGACUAUGUCGCGAACCUCUGUAUCGUUGCGGGAGCGAGAAACGACAGUUGUGUCGAUGUCGCGGUUUUCAACAGUUGUACCACAGGAGCGAAUCCAUUAACCUGGGCAUAUGCACAUAAGUGCAUGAUAAAAGAUACAGUUAAGAAUAAAUUGAAUGAUCUGCCAUAUCCAUUUGUAUUAUACACACAGUCAAAGCUACUAUACUCAAUUUAUACGAUGCUUCUGCAGUUAAUUCCUGCAAAAAUAGCGGACGGUUGGCUGUGGGUUACUGGAAGGAGAUCAAAGUAUACAAAAACACAGAAGAAAGUAAUACAUUUAAAAGAAACACUGAGUUUUUUUCUGAAGAAUUCAUGGGUAAUUGAAUGCGAAAAUACUAGGAAACUCUUUAGAUCUCUAUCAUUGGAUGAUCAAAAAAAGUUUCCCUGUGACCCCGUUAACAUUAACUGGAGAAAAUACUUAGAAGACUAUCAAAAGGGCAUCGAAAAGUUUUUGUGCCAGGAAAAAGUGGGGCCAAAUAAACCUUAAAAUGUUUGGAUUCCGUUUCUGAAAAAAAAACAUCUUUAUCAUUACCGAAUGUAUGUGUGUUAUCAUAAUUCCAUUAGAUUGUAAUUUAUCUAAUCGUUUAUCAAUUCUAUACUGUCAAUGGUACGCAUCAAAUAAGUGUAACAUAACAUACUUUGUAUACAAACAUAAUUUGUAUUGUCAUUUACAAAUACAAUGGAAAAUUGUCUAAAGAAUAAAGUGGUCAUUGUGACUGGAAGCAGUUCCGGUAUUGGAGAAGCUAUUGCUGUAGAAUUAGUAUCUCAAGGAGCAAAAGUUGCUAUAAUUGGUAGAAGAGAACAUAAACUGAAAUUAGUAGCAGCAAGAUGUGAACUAGUUGGUAAAAAGACAUUGGCAAUCAGGGCAGAUGUGACUAAAGAUGAUGAUAGAAGAAUGAUCAUUAAAAGGACAAUAAAACAUUUUGGGAAGUUAAAUGUGCUUGUGAAUUGUGCUGGUGUAGCCAAAUUCAUCAGUAUUUUGUCCAAUGAAGCAAUUGAAAUGUUUGAUGAAGCUUUGUCCAUCAAUCUUCGAUCCAUUGUGCAUUUGGUUCAUCUUUCGGCUUCAUAUUUGAUUGCAAGUAAAGGAUCCAUUAAUAAUAUUGGAAGUGUUGGAGGUAUCGCUCCGAUAGCGUCUGAGAAAUUUUCUUACUGUAUUUCCAAGGCUGCAUUACAUCAUUUUAAGAAAUGUUUGGCUUUAGAGCUGGCUAGUAAGAAUGUCCGAGUGAAUCUUAUUGCCCCGGGCCCAGUGAGAACAUAUACCAGAUUCAAACCGACCACUUAAGCAUUUUAAAUAAAUAAAAAACAAUGAGAAAUU